UUGUUGAUUCAAGAACUUUAUUGCGGCUUGCGAUUUUUUCGUGUGCUUCCGGAAAGAAAACAGCCUUUCCAUCUGCCCGUUGGGGAUCUCCCGCGCAGCCAACCCGGAUCCCGCAGGUAGCCCGCAGUGCAGCCCGCAUCCCACCCGCCCCACCGCCCAUCCCGUCCGGGGUCACCACAAAACUCGUCCCGUCUCUCGCCACCACAUCUACUUCCUUUUAGACUCACCCUUUGGUAUGUUCUCAUACUACCAACCUAUCAUGGCUUCCUCGUUAUUCAGCUCUGACCUUUCCGUCCACGAUAGUCUCCCACUGUUCGACCACAUGUCCAUCUCCGACACCCGGCCGCCCUGGCUGCCAAACAACCUGGAGACCCUGGUGUUCGAAAAGGGCCUGACCAUCCGCAUCAACAACCUCCGCGAGAGCCGGUAUCACUGCGAGAUCGUUGGGCAAGUGCUGGACGCCGUGCUGCAGCAGCUGCCCGCGUCCCCGCCGCCCAGCGACUUCGAGGUCCGCAUGGCCCGCCAGCACCUGGCCGUCGAGCUCCAGCACAUCCUCAAGAAGUGGUGCGAAGAGGGCCUGGCUAAGACGCUGGGCGGCUCGUUUCUCGGCAUGAUCUCGACGGGUAUGGAGGGAGUCGAGGGGCUCGGCGGUAUGGGCUCCGUGGGUGGCAGCACUGGAGGUAAUGGCGGCGGGAGAAAGGACCUCCUCGUCCGCUCGUUCCGGCCGCCGUCCUUAAGCCCGUCCAGCCCGUCCCUUGUGCCGUCGUUCAUCGACCGGCCGGAUCUGCAGGUGUAUCGUGGUGGCGGUGGCGAUAGCACGUCGUCGGCGCUGGUGCCCAUGAAGCGCGCGUCCGACGACGAUGAUCAGGCGCUGUCAAAUAAGUCGGGGAAGUUCUAUACGGGCGGAGAGGCUGGUGGCGAGAAGGAUUUUCGCUGCCCGUAUAAUGUUAGAGAUCCGUCGUCCCAUACCGAGUGUGCCAAUAAGAGGUUCCCGAAUCCGAGGAAGCUGAAGGAGCAUAUCUGGAGAUUCACCAAACCGUUCAAGUGUCCCACCUGCAACGAGGGCUUCGGUAGGGAGAAGACCAAGGCGAUCCACUGCCAGCAGCGCAAGGUCAAGUGCGUGCCAUCGGAGCGAGACGAGUACGACAACAGCUACGAGCAGCACCGAGACCGCCAGAUCGACCGGGCCAAGAACACACCCGAGAUAAUCGGCAUCUUUGAGGAGUAUGACAGGAAUUUCCUGACGACUUACGGCCCCAACCCAGAUGAUGCCCCGGAGACGGACAGCCCGGGAUCUGACGACUCGGGGAGCAUGACUCCCGUCGUCACCACUCCCGUCGUCACACUCCCUAGCCAGCACUGGCCGCAGAUACCUCAGCGGAGUCCCGCGCCCAUCCUCCGGAUCCCCCAGCCAGCCGAGAAGUCGGGCUACCCGACGCCGCCCGGCGACCGAAACCCGUUCAGCCCGCACCACGACAUCAGCCAGCAGUCGCUGGGCAUGGUGGGCGAGUGCAACAGUCCGUUCCAGUCCGGGCCCAUGGUGGGAUUUCCCGAGGCGGGUACAACCGCGCACGACAACAACCCGUUUAAUACCGACGGCAUGUUUUCGCCCUCGUCCUCGGCACAACACCAGCAACAGCAACAGCAUGGCUUUCCCCUCCACGCCCUCGAUAUCCCCGAAAUUGUCAUCUCGGAGAUGAACCCUACUAUGAACAGCCCAAUGACCCCAGCAGGCUUCAGACCUUCCAUGUUCCCCUUGGAAAUGGACAUGAGCGGCUCCUCGCCCACUCAGAGCCGGAGAACGUCCAUGGCGUUGGCUAUGGGCUCUCGCCAUCCCCCAUCCCGCCAGCAACAGCAGCAGCAGCAUCAGCGCCAGCAGCAACAGAACCAGCAACACCAGCAUCAACACCAACACCACCAACAACAACAACAUCAGCAGCAACAGCAAAAACAGCAGCAGCAGUACCAGGAACCGGACGCAUUCGAUAGUAUGCAGCAGGGAGAAGUCUACUCGCAGGGCUAUGGCUCGAUUCCACCAGUUCGGUUCCGCAUGAAGUUUUGA